AGGAAAAGUUACAACUUAUGCGCCAAAACCCUUAACCCCAAUUAGAUAGGCUCCGCGCCAUUAUUUCAGUUUCAACCCACGAUCACAGUUCACAAUUCCACUACUGAUAUGUAAAUCCUUUCCAUGGUUUUCUCAAUUAAAACAUAAUCUCAAGCUACUGUCUCCCCAAAUUCAUCCGUGCUCUUGGAUUCUCAAUUGCACAAUCUAUUUAGCUAAGUGGUUGUAGUUUAUGGGUUGGGUUGUGUUUUCAAAUACCCUUGAUAAAGGUGAAUUAUCUAAGAUAGUUGUGAAGUGGGCUCAAGAUUUCUUUUAGAAAGAAGGCUUGUAAGGAAAAUGAGUUCAAAUCGUCAAUGGAUGUACAAAAGGUUAUCUGGAGGUCUAUAUCAUCCAGAAUUUGUAAGGGGUGUACAACAAUUUAUUGAGUUUGCCAUGAAUCAUCCAGAAGGGAGGGAUGGUGAGAGACUAAGGUGCCCGUGUAACCGAAAGAAAUGUCAGAAUAGAAACUUUGAAAAUGUUCAUACAGUCCAUGCACAUUUGUUGAGCGAUGGUUUUAAACCGGACUAUCAUGUAUGGUACUUGCAUGGAGAAAAUGAGGUUAGAGGAAAUAUAGAUCAACAUGAAAGGAGGCACAACUGGGAUCAUACAAUGAAUAGCCCACCGGUGAAUGUUGGUGCAUUUGAUGAGCCUGGACCAUCUACUUCAUAUCAUAGAAUGAUCCAUGAGGCUGCUGGUCCCUCAUUCGAUCCAAAUGAUAUGGAAGAAUUUCCUAAUCCUGAUGCACAGAAAUUUUAUGAUAUGAUUGAUGCUGCAAAUCAAGAAGUGUGGCCUGGUUGCGAAACGCAUUCUCAAUUAUCAGCUGUUGCGCGUUUGUUGCACAUCAAGGCUGAACACCACCUCUCUGAAAGAUGUUUUGAUGACAUUUGUCAAUAUUUGAAUGAGAUAAUUCCGCCUGAUAACCUGAUGCCCAAAAAUUUCUAUGAAACUAAGAAGUUAAUGCGUGGAAUGAACAUGCCAGUAGAAAAAAUUCAUAGUUGUGUUAAUGCCUGCAUGAUUUAUUGGGGAGAGGACAGUGAACUUAUAUAUUGCAAGUUCUGUAGUCAUCCCAGGUACAAGCCUAGUAAGCAAAGAUCUAAUUCAAAGAGAAAUCUUGUACCAUUUAAACAGAUGUAUUACUUUCCUCUUACGCCACGGUUGCAACGACUGUAUGCUUCCGAAGCUACUGCUUCACACAUGCGAUGGCAUGCCGAGCAUGAAGUUGAGGAAGGUGUGAUGCGUCACUGUUCAGAUGCACCCGCAUGGAAACACUUUGAUAGAAUGCAUCCAUCUUUUGCAACGGAAAGUCGUAAUGUCAGAUUGGGGCUAUGCACAGAUGGGUUUCAGCCAUUUGGACAAACAGGACAACAAUAUUCAUCUUGGCCAGUAAUUGUGACACCAUACAACUUGCCGCCUUGGAUGUGUAUGAAAGAUCCCUAUUUGUUUUUGUCAGUUAUAGUUCCUGGGCCAAAGAAUCCUAAGCAACAAUUGGAUGUUUUCUUGCAGCCUUUGAUUGCUGAACUAAAGAAUCUAUGGAAUAUAGGUGUCGACACAUAUGAUAUCUCUAAGAAGCAAAAUUUUAAAAUGCGAGCUGCUUUGAUGUGGACAAUCAGUGACUUUCCCGCAUAUUCGAUGUUGUCUGGGUGGAGUACUGCGGGUAGGCUAGCAUGUCCAUAUUGCAUGGAGAAUUCAGAUGCUUUUACUUUGACAAAAGGUGGCAAACAAUCUUGGUUUGACAAUCAUCGUAAGUUCCUACCACUGGAUCACCCAUAUAGAAAGGAUAGGAACUCAUUUAGAAAGAACAAAGUAGUCACAGUUCAUCCUACACCGGUACAGUCAGGUGAGGAUAUUUUGAGAGAGAUAGAAGAAUUGGGACUAAAAAAGGUAACAGAACUUGGGGCUGAUAUUGUUAAUCGUCAAAUUAGUAAGUUUUCCGGUUGGAAGAAAAGAAGCAUAUUUUGGGAUUUGCCGUAUUGGAGUACCAAUCUCAUUCGGCAUAAUCUAGAUGUAAUGCACAUUGAGAAGAACUUUUUUGAGAAUGUGUUCAACACAGUACUGGAUGUAGAUGGUAAAACAAAAGAUAACCCCAAAUCUAGAGAAGACCUGAAAGAGUUCUGUCGACGCCCUGAACUACAUGCUGUUGGUGGCGAAUACCCGAAAGCUAUUUACACACUAAACAAGGAGUCAAAAAAGGUUUUGUGUGAAUGGGUGAAAAAUCUGAAAUUUCCAGAUGGAUAUGUCUCAAAUAUGGGACGGUGUGUGGACAUGAAAAAACAUAAGUUGUUUGGUAUGAAAAGCCACGAUUGUCAUGUAUUCAUGCAAAGAUUGAUUCCUAUUGCGUUUCGUGAGCUAUUACCAACAAAAGUCUGGGAAGCGCUUACUGAGAUGAGCCUUUUCUUUAGGGAUCUCACUUCCACGGUAAUACGAGAAGAGGAUAUGGUAAGACUUCAAAAAGAAAUACCUGAAAUACUUUGUAAAUUAGAGCGUAUACUCCCUCCUAGCUUCUUUGAUUCAAUGGAACAUCUCCCUGUGCAUCUCGCUUAUGAAGCAAGGCUAGCUGGUCCGGUGCAAAAUCGGUGGAUGUAUCCAUUUGAGAGAAACCUCCGGAAUUACAAACACAAUGUUCGUAAUAAGGCACAUGUUGAAGGAUCCAUAUGCAAUGCUUACUUAGUUGAGGAAGCUUCUUCUUUUUGUUCACACUACUUUGAGCCUCAUGUUUACACAAGGCAUAGGAAAGUUCCACAAAAUGAUGAUGGUGGUACAUGUGAUCAGGGUAAACACCACGGUAAUCUUUCUAUAUUCACCUAUCCAGGUAAAGGAUUUGGUGAACAGGAUCAGAGAUAUCUGACAGAAGAAGAACUUGAUGCAGCUCAUAUUUAUAUUCUACUAAAUUGCGUAGAAGUGCAACCAUAUGUGCAAAAUUUUAUUGACUCCCUUCGUCAAAAUUUUCCACAAAUUACGGAGAAGGAAGUGGAUAGGAAACUUGAUGAAGAUUUCGCAUCAUGGUUCAAAAGAUAUGCACGAGUCCACAUAGAUAAUCAAUUCAUCAAGGCCCUUGCAGAAGGUCCGCGUCGAUCAGCAAAACCGUACACGGGUUAUAAUGUCAAUGGCUAUAAAUUUCACAUUAAAAGUCGCAGUUCUUCUAGAGCAUCUAAUAACAGUGGUGUCUGCAUAAAAGGAACCAACUACAGUGCAGAUGACUAUGACUACUAUGGUGUGCUUACUGAUAUCCUUGAAUUGGAGUACAAGGGUAGUACGCCGAUAAAGAGAACUGUUUUAUUUAAGUGUGAAUGGUUUGAUCCCACACCAAAAGUAGGAAUGAAGAUUCACCCGCAAUAUAAACUUGUGGAUGUCAACCAUCGCAGGAAAUUAAAAAAGUAUGAACCAUUUGUUUUGGCAAUGCAAGCGGCCCAAGUGUAUUAUGCCGCUUAUCCUAGCUUACGACGUGAUAAGACUGACUGGUGGGCUGUGUGCAAAACAAAAGCUCGGGGUAUUGUGGAUAUGCCCCCAUCUUCUUCACAAUUACCUCCAGUUGAUGUUGUAGAGCCAUUCCAAAAUGAUGAAGAUGGUUUAACGUUUGAUGUGGUACCCGACAAUGAAACUAUUGUGCGGAAUGAUCCAAAUGGAGAAUUCAUAAACUUAAGAGACGAUGAUGAUGAUUUAGGUGAUGAGGAAGAAAUUCAUGAUGAAUCUGAAUUAGAUGAAGAUGGUGAUAAUGAGGAUGAAGAUGCAUAUGAUGCAAGUGGCAGUGAAUAGAGUCAAAUUACUCCAAUCUCUUCAAAUAGAGUUAGAGUGAUUGAAACAUAGUUUUUAAGUUAUUUUUAUUACU